CGGGCGCGGCGGAAGAAGUAGUCCCGGCCCGCGGAAGACCAAUGGGUUCCUCCGCGGCGGGGCCGAGAGGAUGGCGACCUCGUCGAUGCCGGAGCCGGAGAGAGACGCGGCACCACGCCGCUGAGAGUGAAAGCCUCAGACCCUGCGCCCUGCUGUCAAUCGGUCCCCUGAACCAAUGGAAGAGAACGAGGUGGAGAGCAGUAGCGACGCGGCCCCACGGCCUGGCCAUCCGGAGGAACCCUCCGAGAGCGGCCUGGGUGUGGGCACCUCGGAGGCAGUGUCCGCCGACAGCAGCGAUGCCGCGACCGCCCCAGGGCUGACGGAGGCCGACGACUCUGUCGUGGGGCAGAGCUCAGACAGCGGCAGUGGCUCUGUGGAGGAGGUAUCAGAAAGCAUCUCAGCCGACCCCCUGCCACAGAGCUACCUCCCUGACUCAUCAUCUGUGUCUCGGGGACCAGUAGCAGAGGUGCCAGGUGGCCCCCCAACCCUGGUGCAUUCCAGUGCUCUCCCAGACCCCAGCAUGCUGGUGUCCGACUGCACGGCUUCCUCCUCAGACCUGGGCUCAGCCAUUGACAAGAUCAUCGAAUCUACCAUCGGUCCUGACCUCAUCCAGAGCUGCAUCACUGUGACCAGUGCUGAAGAAGGUGGAGCUGAGACCACCCAAUAUCUGAUCUUGCAUCAUCCAGAUGAUGGUGCCCCCAUGACAUCACCAAUGUCCACUUCCGCCCUGACCCACAGCCUGGCAGCUAUCGAGGCCUUGGCUGAUGGCCCCACAUCCACUUCUACGUGCCUUGAGUCUCCUGAAGAGCCCCAGGGAGAACCCAGCUCUCUGGCACAGCCACCUCCAGCCCCCAGUGCUGAAGAGCUGGACCUGCAGAACCUGGAGGCCAUGAUGGAGGUGGUGGUUGUGCAGCAGUUCAAGUGCAAGAUGUGUCAGUACCGGAGCAGCACCAAGGCCACGCUGCUACGGCACAUGCGUGAGCGGCACCUCCGCCCAGCAGCGGCAGUGGCAGCUGGUAAAAAGGGGCGUCUACGGAAGUGGGGUGCCUCCACCAAGACCACAGAGGAGGAGGGGCCAGAGGAGGAGGAGGAGGAUGACAUUGUGGAUGCCGGGGCCAUUGACGAUCUGGAGGAAGAUAGCGACUACAAUCCAGCUGAGGAUGAACCCCGAGGCCGACAGCUACGACUCCAGCGUCCCACCCCCAGCACCCCAAGACCCCGGAGAAGACCUGGACGGCCCCGGAAGAUGCCUCGCCUGGAGGCCUCUGACCUCCCUGAUGGUGUGGGAGAGCCUCUAGUGAGCUCCCAGAGUGGACAGAGUCCUCCAGAAUCACAGGAGCCUGAGGCUCCCAGCUCCUCAGGCCCAGGAUGCCUAGGCUUCCUGGAUAAGGCAGGCAGGGGCCCUGUGGAGCCUGGUGUGAGCCAGUCAGAUGCAGAGAACACAGUCCCCUCCUGCCAGGAUGAACCCGAUGCCCCACCCCGCCGCCGGGGGCGGCCCUCCAGGCGUUUCCUAGGCAAGAAAUACCGCAAGUACUACUACAAGUCACCCAAGCCUCUGCUGAGGCCUUAUUUGUGCCGCAUAUGUGGCUCACGCUUCCUAUCCCAUGAGGACUUGCGCUUCCAUGUCAACUCCCAUGAGGCCGGUGACCCACAGCUCUUCAAGUGCCUGCAGUGUAGCUACCGAUCCCGCCGUUGGUCCUCGCUCAAGGAACACAUGUUCAACCAUGUAGGCAGCAAGCCCUACAAGUGUGACGAAUGCAGCUACGCCAGUGUCUACCGGAAGGAUGUCAUCCGCCAUGCAGCUGUGCACAGCCGGGACCGGAAGAAGAGGCCGGAUCCGACCCCAAAGCUGAGCUCUUUCCCUUGCCCCGUGUGUGGCCGUGUGUACCCCAUGCAGAAGAGACUAACACAGCACAUGAAGACACACAGCACUGAGAAGCCUCACAUGUGUGAUAAGUGUGGAAAGUCCUUUAAGAAGCGUUAUACCUUCAAGAUGCACCUGCUCACACACAUCCAGGCUGUUGCCAACCGCAGGUUCAAGUGCGAGUUCUGUGAGUUUGUUUGUGAGGAUAAGAAGGCACUGCUGAACCACCAGUUGUCCCAUGUUAGUGACAAGCCUUUCAAAUGCAGCUUUUGUCCCUACCGCACCUUCCGAGAAGACUUCUUGCUGUCUCAUGUGGCUGUCAAACACACAGGGGCCAAGCCCUUUGCUUGCGAGUACUGCCACUUUAGCACUCGCCACAAGAAGAAUCUGCGCCUGCACGUGCGAUGCCGACACGCCAGCAGCUUUGAGGAGUGGGGACGGCGCCACCCCGAGGAGCCCCCCUCCCGCCGCCGCCCCUUCUUCUCUCUGCAGCAGAUAGAGGAACUGAAGCAACAGCACAGUGCGGCCCCCGGCCCACCACCCAGCUCACCAGGACCUCCUGAGGCCCCCCAAGAGCCAGCACCUUUCCAGCCACCUGAGACUCCCCCACUACUCUGUCCUGAAGCCCUGGGUGGUGCCACCAUCAUCUACCAACAAGGAGCUGGGGAGUCCACUGCAAUGGCCACACAAACAGCCUUGGAUCUGCUAUUGAAUAUGAGCACCCAGCGGGAGCUGGGGACCACUGCCCUACAGGUGGCUGUGGUGAAGUCAGAGGGUGUGGAGGCGCAGUUGGCAUCUCCUGGUGGGCAGCCUUCCCCAGAAGACACCACUCCACAGGUGGUGACACUCCACGUGGCAGAGACGGGGGGCAGUGUGGCAGCCCAGAACCAACUAGGCCCCCCUGAUCUACAGCAGAUCACCUUGCCACCUGGGUCAUUUGGUGGGGCCGGCUGCCGUGUUGUCACAGCACCCCCUGUGGAGGAGGGGACAUCAGCUCCUGGUACACCAUACAGCGAGGAACUCCCAGGGGAGGCAGCGCAGGCUGUGGUUGUGAGUGACACCCUUAAGGAACCUGGCACCCACUACAUCAUGGCAGCUGAUGGGACCCAGCUGCACCACAUUGAGUUGACUGCAGAUGGUUCCAUCUCCUUCCCAAGCCCGGAUGCCCUGACCUCUGGAACCAAGUGGCCCCUCUUGCAAUGUGGGGGGCUGCCCAGAGAUGGCCCUGAGGUCCUGUCUCCAGCCAAGACCCACCAAGUAGGGCCCCCCCAAGGUUCUGCCUCCCCUCCUGUGGCCAGCAAAGCCCUGGGCCUGGUGGUACCUCCCUCACCUCCAUCAGCAGCAGCUGCGUCAUCAAAGAAAUUCUCCUGCAAGGUGUGCGCAGAGGCCUUCCCAGGCCGGGCUGAAAUGGAGAGUCACAAGCGGGCCCAUGCUGGGCCUGCUGCCUUCAAGUGCCCUGACUGUCCCUUCAGUGCCCGCCAGUGGCCCGAGGUCCGGGCUCACAUGGCACAGCACUCAAGCCUGAGGCCCCACCAGUGCACUCAGUGCAGCUUCGCCUCCAAGAACAAGAAGGACUUGAGACGGCACAUGCUUACACACACCAACGAGAAGCCUUUCUCAUGCCACCUCUGUGGGCAGCGUUUCAAUCGGAAUGGGCAUCUCAAGUUCCACAUCCAGCGGCUACACAACAGUGAUGGUAGAAAGGCUGGGACUCCUACAGCCCGGGCCCCAGCCCGGACCCCCACCCAGACUAUCAUCCUCAACAGCGAUGAAGAGACAUUGGCCACACUGCACACUGCCCUCCAAUCCAGUCAUGGGGUCCUGGGUCCAGAGCGGCUACAGCAGGCACUGAGUCAGGAACACAUCAUUGUGGCCCAGGAGCAGACAGUGACCAGUCAGGAGGAAGCUGCCUACAUCCAAGAAAUCACCACAGCAGAUGGCCAGAUGGUACAGCAUCUAGUGACCUCUGACAACCAGGUACAGUAUAUCAUCUCUCAGGACGGCGUCCAACACCUACUACCUCAGGAGUACGUUGUGGUCCCCGAUGGCCAUCACAUCCAGGUCCAGGAGGGCCAGAUCACACAUAUCCAGUAUGAGCAAGGUGCCCCAUUUCUGCAGGAGUCCCAGAUCCAGUAUGUGCCUGUGUCCCCGGGCCAGCAGCUUGUCACCCAAGCUCAACUUGAGGCUGCAGCACACUCCGCUGUCACAGCAGUGGCCGAUGCUGCCAUGGCCCAAGCCCAGGGCCUAUUUGGCACUGAGGAAGCAGUGCCGGAACACAUCCAACAGCUGCAGCACCAGGGCAUCGAAUACGACAUCAUCACCCUGACGGAUGACUGAGCCCAAAGGGCCCAACGCAGAUCUUGGAUAUCGGGGCCAGCUCUCCUGGGGAAUGGGGGGACACACCUUCCUGUCCUACUUAGGGUCUCCAGAUACGGGACAGCCAGCAUCCUGUGACUCCAGGGGGAGCCAGACUUGUGCUGGGGAGGGGGAGCAUGACAGGGCAGCAAUGGGCCUCAGCCAGGACAUGCUGGGGGCCCCAGCCUGCAGGCAGGCUUUGGGAGAGAAAUUUAUUUUUGUUGUUUGGGUGGACCUGCUGGCCCCUUAGUCUCAAUAAAGGGACUAGAGUCCAGCCCUU